AUGCCACUCAUCAUAAUCUCUGGAUACCCGUCCUCCGGCAAGACUCAUAGAGCAUCGCAACUCGAGGCCUUCUUCAACGAGAAGACCCGCAGCUCCUCAGACCCACGCACCCAGCGCCUCAAGGUCCAUCACAUCAACAGUCAAACACUCGGCUUGUCGCGCGAUGUCUACCACACAGCACGCGCGGAGAAAGAUGCUCGCGCGGCCGAGUCUUCCGCCGUAAAGCGGUUCCUGACUCGGGACGACAUUGUUAUAGCGGACGGUUUGAACUACAUCAAGGGCUUCCGGUACCAGCUGUAUUGCGAAGCGAAGGCAGUACAGACGCCUAGCUGCGUAGUGCACGUAGGAACGCCUGCAGAAAAAUGCCGCGAAAUCAACAAAGAGCUCCUAGCCGAUAGCCAGAAAGACGGGGGGUAUAGCGAGGAAGACUUCGAGAACCUCGUUUUCAGGUACGAGGAGCCGAACGGCAUGACUCGUUGGGACAGCCCGCUAUUCACGGUCCUUUACGACGACGAGACGCCGCCCUUUGAGCAGAUCUGGGAUGCGAUGGUGGGCAGUGACGGUAAAGCGAAGGUCGUCAGGCCGAACCAAGCUACGGUGUUGAAGCCAGCCACGGAGCAAAACUACCUCUACGAGCUCGACAAGACCACGUCAGACAUCCUCACCCAGAUAAUGGCAUGGCAAAAGGACCAUCCAGGCGAAGGCGGCGGCGAGGUCACAAUUCCCGAGAUUGAGAAAGUAGUCGAAUUACCAGCAUCGCCAACCACGCUACCGCAGCUGCAGCGACUGAGGCGAGCAUUUAUCAGUCUGAACCGCCAACAUUCGCUAUCGAAGAGCAGGAUCAAGGACCUUUUCGUCGACUACCUGAACGACAGUUUUCAGCGCUAA